AUGAGCAAGAAAACUGCUAAAACGGCUAUGCCAAAGUCCUCCAGAACAAAGUCAUCAAAAGGAACCAGCUUAUCCGCACCGGCUGGUGAAAGUUCGAAACAAGAAGAUCCCAAGGGGAAGGCGGUUCAAUCCAAGGCCUCUCAGAAGAAAAAGGGAAGGAGGAAGACAUCUGUAAAGAAGAGCUCCAACAAACCGGCAGACUCCGAGAAUACUCUCUCCUCGGAUCAUUCACCAAAAAGAACCGCAGACAUCUUUCAGUCCACUCCCAUCAACACAGUCCAUCCCAUUCCAGUCGACUCUCCAUCAUCAAGGCAAACCGAACCCUCGGGGAGCCAAGAAACCAAGUCAACAUCGAAGGAGGCAGAAGAGGUUAGUAUUUAUUCUGAAUACUCCAAGUCCCCGAACAAGAAACUCGAUGAAAUAAUGGUUAAAGUAGGUUUAAGAACCUCAGAGAUUAUAGUGGACGUGGUCCAAACUCUACAUCGUGAAACCGAAGACGAUGUGACAAGUCUUCUCAAGCCAUCUAAUAAGGUUGAGAUACCCGGUCAGAGUGAAACCCAUCCGGUCGAAGAAACAGCCAACAUUGAGAACAUCAUCCCUCCGGCUCAGGAGGGAAAUAUUGAAGAAAAAGAACCAUCCGGCUCGGCGGGGAACAAAUCCGUUCCAACCGAAAAAACGCUCCAAUCGGCUCAAGAUGGGCUAGUCGAUUCAACAAUCACACCUGAAGGUCCAAUUCAGGUUAACAAAGGCAAAGAAGUUCUACUUGAGGAUUCUGCGGCAAAGGGAAAAAGUGCUUUGCAAACCGGUCCCCAACCUGAGAUUGUAACCGAAGCCGAGGUCCCCAUUUCAGUAGAAGAAGAGGAGGAGAUGUAUCAGAAGUUCCUCCUGGAUAUGAACAAGGAUGCUGAAGAGUUGGUCUCAUCGUACCACCUGUGGGUCAAGCUUCGUUGUGAAACAAAGUUAUCAGACAUGCUCCCCGACAUUAGCGGUAACAAGCACUGGGAGAAACUUCUGGCUUUAGAAGAAGAGGAUCUCAAGCUAGCAGGUACCAACGUCAUUCAAUCCGCAUUCAACAAGACGUUGGCAAUACACGAAUACGCCCGGUUACAUGCAGUAGAAGAUACCUUGAGAGAGGCAGAAGGGGCAACAUUAACUCCAAUAGAAUCAAGAAUGUUUGAGCGAUUUCAUUCGGUGCGUGAUAAACUCAUUCAAAGUACUGACAGGCUCGAAGCAGAAUGGAGGAACGAGUGCAAACAUGUCUUAACUCAUGUCGAUCUCUAUCAAAGUAAACAUUUCUUUGUUACCGGAGAGUCCUCCAUGACAUCAGAAAACCGGAGCAGUGAUCUUCCACAUACUGAUAAGACUCCAGAACUUGAGCAAGUAAAGGAAGUAGUGGUUGGUACAAUCAUCUCUUGUCUUCACAAAUACAGCUUUGCUACCGAUGAGAAGAUUGCAACCGUUGAAACCAAUUUGACAAAAACUAUCCGGGCAUCCAUUCAAUCCGAAAUUGCCAACACCACUCAAACAUCGAUCAAGUCGAUGAUAGAUGAAACCGUGCAAACAUCAAUUAACUCAAUGAUCGCCGAAUCCGUUCAAAUCGCAACCGCUCCUCUAAUAGACAUGAUGCAGGCUAUGGCCGCUCAGAUUGAGGAGCUGUCCAAACUUCAAGUCAACAAAACUCAAGCGCAGAUCAGUUCUGAUGCCGAAACUGCCAAGAAACUUCAAGACGAAGAAAAGGAGAGGGAACGGUUAAGGAAGGAAAUUGAAGACAAAGAUCAUGAGUUGGCCAAGCAAUGCAAUGAGGAAGAAGAGACCGCUCUACAAGAAUCCACACCGGCUCAACCCUCGCACUCUAUGAAAACAAGGAAUAAGAACAAACGGAAAGCGGUUCCGGCUGUAAUGAAGCUGGCGGAACGAAGCGGUCUAGGAGAGAUUCAACUGGUCGGACUAAACGAAGAACCUCUUGACAAAGAAGAAGAAGAGGACAUCAAACAACUCAAUCGGCGAAAGAAGAAAGCAGUCGAAAUUCCAAGUACCAGGCUGAUUGUUGCUCAACCGUCUCGCCCACCAAGACCAGUAAGUGGCGGUUUUGGAUUCGGAAAACGAACUCCCGGCAUCUCAAGUGUAUUUACCGGAUGGAAAUUCGACGUUGAACGAAGAGAGAGGGAAUGGAAGGCGAGGGAAGAAGAAGAAAGGAAGCGGAAGGAGAAAGAAAAUGAAAAGGGGGGAUUAUUCAAUCCUUAG